AAAUGUUCUCCGUGCAGUCUCUGGUUGCGCUUCUGUCUUCACCUUUUGAUUGUUGUUCUUAAUGAGAAGACCGUUUGCCCGUCAUUCGAAAGGAAUCUCGCACUGACUAUAGCUAGUUAUAGAAACCAGAGCAGACAAACCCCAGUGAUAACUUAUCGCGUCAUUGCCACUGUUUUACUAAACCUCUCACAUUCCUGCCACCUUAAUUAUUUGCGGUUGGUUGUAGGUCAGACAAGAAAAACACAGCUACCGAGAGCUACAGACGAGAGGAAAAUUAAGCUGUGUGAAACAAAGGCUUUGGCAUGGCAGAUCUGCUGAGGCUGCUGCUCCGGGUGGCUGAGAAAGCAGCCAAUGUGGCUCGGGUCUGCAGGCAGGAGGCUCCCCUCUUUCAGCUCCUGGUACAAGAGAAGACCGGAGAUGACAAGAACAAGAAGUUUGUUCAGGAUUUCAAAACACUUGCAGACGUGGUCAUCCAGGAGAUGAUCCGGCAUGAUGUUGGUGCACAGUUCCCCGAGAUGGCUAGCUACAUUCACGGAGAGGAGUCCAACAAGUUUGAAAAUGGGCAUGGAGAGAGUGUGACUGUCACAGUGUGCGGCACAGAGAAGGAGACCGCGGUGCUGCUGGCCACGGUGCUGGACGGUGAUCACACAGCGGCGUCUCUGCUGGCUCGGGCCAUCCACCAAGACCCAGCAACCAUCGAGGCCAACACAGACGGUCUGACGGUGCCCCUCAGCCCCUCUGAACUCGGCAUUUGGAUCGACCCCAUAGAUGCCACCAGCCAGUACAUAGAGGGCCGAGAGGAGGUGAUGGAGGAGGGCCAUUUGUCUCCUUCAGGUCUGCACUGUGCUUUGGUCCUAAUCGGGGUUUAUCUCCGAAGCACAGGCGAGCCCGUCAUGGGUGUCAUCAACCAACCGUUCAACUACAAAGAUCCAGAAGGUGGAGGCUGGAGGGGAAAGCAUUUCUGGGGGGUGUCCUGUGGCAGCAUCAAUGCCUGCUCAGUGCCCCGGCCCAAAGAUGCACCUGGAGGGGGGCUGUCUGUGGUGCUGAGCUCCAGUGAGAAGCAGGUGGUGAAGGAAGCCCUGACCUCGCUGUGCGGCCCCAACAAGCUGAUGUACGCCUCCGGAGCCGGCUACAAGAUCCUGUGUGUCAUUCAGGGCCUGGCGGAUGUUUACGUCCUCUCAGAGGGCAGCACCUUUAAGUGGGACUCCUGCGCUCCUCAUGCAUUGCUCCGAGCCCUCGGAGGGGGAGUGGUCGACCUGACUAAGUGUCUACAGUCCAGCCCUGGAGGACUGGAUCAGCACACAGAACUGACCUAUCACCAGCCGUACCCUGGAGGUAGAGGAGCAGACCGCUGGGCUAACCAUGGCGGCCUGGUGGCUUAUCGAGACUGUUCUCAGCUUCGCAGCAUCAUCGCUCCUCUGAAAGGCAAGCUGUAGUCAACAGAGCAGUGGAUGUAAUUAGCACAAGCUGAAGCAAUUAUUGUUGCAUAUACUCAUAUUCAUGUUUUCUAUAUUAGUAGCGAGAGAAGGAUGGGGGUACAGGAUGAACUAUUUUAAAUAGAAAUAAUGUCUUAUUUUUAAUCAUAUUUGCAAGUAAAUAUUAUGAGAUGAACAUCUAUUCUGCAUGUUCGGCAAAAUAAUGUUUUCAAAAACUGGUCUUUGGUUUGUUAUGAUCUUCACAAGGCUGUCAAGAUUCAGGUUAGAAAGAUUUGUUCAGAUAAUAUAAAGAAUUACAUUCUAUAUUGCUCUUGAAUUUAUGUCAAAUAUUGAGUUAGAGACUUGUGUCCUUUUGUUAUAAAAACU